AUUUUCAACGCAACAGUGGCUGGAUGUUACGUAUAAAAGGCCUAGGCCAAAGCGCUCCUACGAUUCAACAAAUCGCAUCACCACCACGCACGUAACCCCCAGUGGGUCACUUGGAAGGCUCAACCGUGCGUGGCAAUGGAGAUCGAAUCCAACCCAAAGUAUUGCAGAGUUAUUAGAAGAGCAUCAUCCGAGGAGGACCGGCUGAGUGGCCUCCCCGACGACGUCCUCCACUCGAUCGUCGGCCGGGUCCCCCUCAAACAAGCCGUCCGCACCAGCGCCCUUUCCACGCGGUGGGCGUGCCUGUGGCUCCACGCGCUCGCCGCCUCCGCCGUCGUCGACUUCACCGACCGCGACUUCGUCCGCGGCCAGUCCCCGGAGCAGAUUGUGACCACGGUGAACCGCUGCCUCGAGGUACACGGCGCCGCGCCCAUCGACGUGUUCCGCGUGGCGUUGUCCCCGUUCGACGCGUUUGGGCGGGACGUCGUCCGAUGGGCCGCGACCGCCUUGGGGAGAGGCGCCAGGGAGGUGGGGGUAGACCUGACGCAGCACGCCGACGACCGCGGGUUCCUGGAGCUUCACGGGGACCUCUUCCAGGCCGAGAGCUCCCUCGCAGUGCUCAGCCUCGGCCGGUGCAGCCUCCGCGACGUCCCGCCCGGCACGGCGGGGCUCGCCGGCCUGACAUCGCUCUCCCUCAACCAAGUCGACGUCACCGACGAUGCUCUCCGGGACAUGGUGUCCGGGUGCCGGGUGCUCGAGUUUCUGAGCCUGAAGAGCUGCCACCUCCUUGUGUAUGUGAGGGUCGCCAGCGAGAGUCUGCGGGGCCUAGAGAUCGUGCGCUGCCUGGCAAUGCGCCACCUGCAGGUGGACGCGCCCGUGCUGGAGUCUGUUGCCUACCACGGCGACGUCCUCAUCUGGAGAGAGGACGAGCCGUCCGGCGUGGAGUUCGUUGGCCCAGGCGGCAGGACCGAUGCCAGGCCGGAGCUAAAGGACGCGUACCUGACCCACAUCGGUUAUGCCGAAUACGACGAAGUAAUUCACGAGUUCGCCUACUCAGGCUUCCUGGAUCAGGUCUCGCAUGCCAAGAUUUUGACACUUUGUUCCGUGGGCAUGCUGCACAUGGAAGAAGAGCGACUGUUCUUUGAGGCCAGUGUGGAUACCCCGAACCUCGAAGAGCUGCAGCUGCUUAUGGACUCCAUGGGCGACGACGAUGUUACUCGCUUCUCCGUAUUCUUUGAGGUCUUCGAGGCGCCGCUCCUCGAGCGCCUCUUUAUCCGGGUAAGCAUCCUGAUACAUGACCAUUCCAACCUAAAUUCCCAUGGCGUGCUGUUAGACUAUGUAUAGCUUCUGUACCUAUGUACGUAUAUGAUACAUAUUGUAACACAACCAUUAUAUAUAAUGAGAUAAGCCACCCCUAGAGG